AUGUUCUUCACCAAGGUUUCUCUUGCUGCCAUCGCUGCUUUGGCGGCCGUGAGCGAGGCUCGUCACCAUGAAUACGGCCUCUUGCACCCCAAGCGCUCUCUGAGCUCCGCUCCUGUGCUUCCUACCGUCACUGUUUACCCUGUUCCUCUCAACACCGGCGUUGCGACUGCUCCCGCCUCGUCCGCCUCUGCUACUGACCUAACCUUGACCUACACCCUCGGAACUGGCACUUCCACCCAGGUCGUGACCACCACCAUCCACCGUACUGAGACUGACACCCUCUACGUAACUGCUACUGCUGCCCCUGGUGGCAACGAGCAAGUUGCUAGCGAAGCCACAACAACUGUCUUCAGCACCUCUACCUCCACCUCGACCGUUACUGUCUUUGCUGCUUCUUCUACUGGAGGCUCUGGUCCUGCCGCUACUGGCACUGGCAGCGAGGGUUGCAGUGGACAGGCCACCGUCACCGUCACUCAGAAGGAAACCGUCACAGUGACUGCUACCCCCACCGCUUCAGUGGGCCUCAAUACCGAGGUGAUUUCCGUCCAGCCAACGGAGACUGGCUCUGCUGGUCCAACUGAUACUGCUGUCGUCGAACCUACCGAGACCGCUAAGGUUCCCCCUUCUCCAAGCGCCCACGGCAGUGGCCAUACCUCCGUCGCACCCUACCCAACCAAUGUUCCUGGUCAAGGCCAGGCUACAUCCUCUGGGUUCUUGACCAGCACUCGCCCUCUGCACACUGGCCGUCCCCGCCCCACCGGCUACUUUUAG